AAAUUUUGACAAGAACUUUUAUUUUGACAAAACUUUUAUUGUAUUGAAAAUUUUCAAAUUGCUUAAUCAUUAUUACCAUGGCUCCAAAAACAAGAUAUGGUGCUUCUCAACCACCACCAGCUGCUGAAACUGAAGCAGAUGAAACCUUUUAUCAAGAGUCUGAUCCAAACAUUGAACAUUCUGAAGACGAAGAAGAAGAAGAAGAAAUUGAUGAUGAAGAUAUUUCCAACAAAGAUUUGAUUAGAAUGUUGUUGAAAGAAAGAAAGGAAAUGAUGAAGAUGUUCUCUAAACAUUUAUCUGUCAAGGAAAAACCAGCUUCUGCUCCAAUUCCACCACCUGUUAUUGAUCCUGCUGUUCCAACUCCAACUGCUGCUCCUUUUGAAUUUAAACCUGUUCCAUUUACUGCUGAACAAAUUGUUGUGUUUAAAGAGAUUAAAAAAUAUUUUCCUUUAAUCUUAGCAGAAAGUGAAUUCUCUUCUAUGGAUGAUCCAUUCAAUCGGAAGACGUUAAGCAAGAUUGAUGCUGAUUUGAUUAUCCAUGAAACUUUUGAUAGCUCUGGGUUAAUCCACAAAAUCCAAGCAAUUAUCAAUAAUUUGGAACAACAAGGUAUUCCUAGCAAGAACUGGUCCAAAGGAUUUUUGCAACAUUUAGAAGCCACUUUCAGAAAUACUAUUCUGGCCUCAAUUGCUUCAAACACGGUUAUGGGUUGGUCCUCUAUUGGGCCCUAUGAUCAAUACAAAUUGAUUUUAUACCACCUUUUUGCCUCUUUCAAUUUCAAAUUGUACCAUCAUGAAUCUUUGAAUCAACUAAGUGCUAUUGGAUUGAAAAAGAAUGAACCUCUUAAACCUGCAAUGAUCAAGUUGCUUAACAAGCAG